AUGAAGAAUUUACUAUUUACAAACACGAGCACUCAAGAUAAUUUUUUACAAGAAACAGUCCGCAAAAAUACAGAAGAUUUGUUAUACAUACUUAUUUGGACGAAUAAAUGGCACCCCACCGUUGAUUUGGAAGAAGGUCAGGAUGUAUUUAUAAAUAAUAAAUGUCCACACACAAAUUGCUUCAUCACAGCCAAUAAGUAUUACCAGAACGAGAAUAUAGAAAAGUUUGACGCAAUCGUGUUCAAUGCCAGUACUAUGCAAAAUUGGAGAAGUCCAAACAUACCAAAGGAGCGUUCGCCUAACCAAAAGUACGUAUUCCAUAGUAUGGAGUCAUCUUACACAUAUCCAAUUUGCCCCAUUCAUAUGGAUGACUUCUUUAAUCUGACGUGGACAUACAAAUUGGAUUCAGAUAUACCCCAUCCACAAUUCCAAGUGACGGAUCCAAAGGGAAAUAUUGUAGCUCCAAAAAGAAAUGUAAAAUGGAACACAACUAAAUAUAAUGUAACAGAUUACGAAAAGCAUUUAACUCGUAAACGAAAAGCCAUGGUUUGGAUAGUCGAUAAAUGUCAGACAUUAAACAACAGACUUGAAUAUGCUAUAAAAUUACAAAGUAUAUUCAGAUAUCAUUUUCUUGAUUUUGACAUAUUCGGCUGUGGGCUGUUUGAAUGCCCUGAAAAUAUAUGCUAUCGACUUAUUAAACAAGAUUAUUACUUUUAUUUUGUACCCGAGGAUAGUGAAGGCACAGAUUAUGUUACUAAAGAUGUUAUUAAGGCAUAUGAAAACUAUGCAGUUCCAAUUGUCUUAGGGAAUGCAGAUUAUAAGAAAUUUCUUCCCGAGGGCUCAUACAUAAAUAUUAAGACCACAUCAAAUGAAGCAUUAGUGGAAUUGGUGAAGUAUCUCAUGAACAAUCCAACAAUAUAUCAAGGUUUCCAUAGUUGGAGAAAAACGUAUGUAAUAAGAGAAGUCACAUUAGAGAAGGGGCUAUGUGACCUGUGCGUUAAACUGAAUGAGUGGACAGGGAUAAGUAUCAAGAGGAAAUUCAGAAGUUGGUGGUACACGGAAUCCUUGAGGGAUAGAUGUAUUCCAGGGGGAGCAGAGACUUAUUCUGAGGUUUUCUCUUAUGUUAAUGAGACAAGGCAUUAAGCAUG